AUGAUGACACUCCGCGGACUCCUCGCCAGCGUCCUGGUUUCUGCGUCGCUGGUUAGCCUCGCCGUCGCCCGCCCUACUCAUGCGCGCAGCGCGCUCGUCAAGCGCCAGGAUGAGAUUUACGAGGAAUAUGACUUUAUUGUCGUCGGAGCCGGGACGGCGGGACUUACUGUUGCGGAUCGUCUGAGUGAGGAGGGAAAAUAUACCGUCCUAUGCAUUGAAUAUGGCUACCUCGACUCCUCAACAACAAUAACUGCAAUCGGCCCCGGUCCCCGUCGCGACACCCUCCCCUCCGCCACCCGCUACUACAACAUAACCUCCAUCCCCCAACCGGGCCUCGCCAAUGGCCGCAAACCCGCCAUGGCCGGCGCCGUAGUCGGAGGCAGCUCGGCCGUCAACGGCAUGUUUUUCGACCGGGGCUCCGCCGAGGACUACGACACUUGGUUCGGCGUGGCCGGCGAGUGGCAGGAGGACUUUGCCGAGGAAUGGGGCUGGGAGAAUAUCCUGCCGUAUUUCAAGAAGAGCGUUACGUUUCAUCCGCCCACGGAGGAGGAGGUUGAGGCCUAUGGGAUGACGUACGAUGUGGAGGGGGCUUAUGGGGGAAGCGCGGGGAUUCAUUCGAGUUAUGCGCCGUAUCAGUGGGAUGUUCAGCAGCACAUCUGGGAGGGCUUCAAACACAUCGACGGCGUCGACUUCCCAAUCGAAGGAGCAGACGGCCACGCAGUCGGCGUCUUCUGGUGCCCCAACUCCAUCGACCCCUCCACCCGCACGCGCUCCUACUCCAAGAUCGGCCACUACGACACACUCGACGGCCCCGCAUACCGCCAGAACUUCCACCUCCUCACCGGCCACCGCGUCACGCAGGUUCUGCUCGAAGAAGCCGAGGACGAUGAUGGCAACGUCGUGUGGGAUGCCACGGGCGUAAUGUUUACGCCGCGCGAUGGGCCCAUGCCUAGUUCGGCUUGGAGGGUCAAGGCGAGGAAGGAGGUUGUGGUUUCGGCGGGGGCGUUGCAUUCGCCGCAGGUUUUGGAGAGGAGUGGGAUUGGGGGGAGGGAUAUUUUGGAGGCUGCGGGGGUUACGCCGAAGGUUGUUUUGCCGGGUGUUGGGUGGAAUUUCCAGGAUCAUCCGAACUAUGGGAUGUCCUUUAGAUGGACCAAGGAGGACCUCGGACCUACCCCCGAAAACUUCAACCAAGACAAAAACUUCACCGCCUGGGCCGACGAACUCUGGGCUGCUAACCAAACGGGCCCUCAUGCCGCCUACGUCAACAGCGGCGCCUUCCUCCCUCUCUCCGUCCUAACGCCCGAUUACGCCGACAUCGCCUCGGCCAUCGCCUCGCAGAAGGCCGAAGACCACCUCCCCGAGGGCCUCGACCCGACUAUCUACGCGGGCUACCAGCAACAGCUCAAGGUGCUCUCGCAGACGUAUAAUUCGACUGGGACGGCGAUACUAGAACUUCCCUUCUCGGGACGCUCGAGUUUUAGCCUUGUGAAUCUGCAUGAGCUGAGUCGUGGGUCUGUGCAUAUCUCGCCUGAUGAUGAUGGGACGACAGAUACGGGACGGGGAGACGUCGAGCCUGUGGUGGAUUACCGCACGCUCGUUAAUCCCAUUGAUAACGAGGUCAACGCCAUCUUCGUCGCUUUCGUGCGCAGCUUCUUCGGCUCGGAGUACAUGGUCGAGAACCUCGCACCUGUCGAACUCACGCCCGGCAUUGACGAAUAUCCCGAUGGGUCGGAGGAGCUGGACGGCUGGUUGAGGAGGGUGUUGAGUCCGAGUACGGGACAUCCCGUGGGGACGUGUUCUCUGGCGCCGUUGGAGCUGGGAGGAGUGGUUGGGCCGGAUUUGAGGGUUUAUGGGACGAGGAGGUUGAGUGUUGCUGAUAAUUCGGUCAUGCCGCUUAUUCCGGGGACGCAUACUAGUUCGACUGCGUAUGCUAUUGGUGAGAAGGCGGCUGAUUUGAUCAAGAGGAGGGCGGGUUGGUGGGAUGAUGCUGAGGAGUAA